AUGGCUCCAGAAAAGGAAAGCAAUGGUCUCGAAAACUACGCAUUUGCUAUUGAUGGGCGUUUCUGUGAUCUGGAGAAGGAUGGAGAGGGCUCCGACCUCUCUGAGGAGGACGACAAGAACAAACUGGCUUACUGUGUCACAGACAUCCCACCCUGGUACCUUUGCAUCAUUCUGGGCAUCCAGCAUUGCCUGACAGCGUUUGGAGGGAUCAUCGCCAUCCCUCUGAUCCUGUCUCAGGGUCUGUGUCUGCAGCAUGACAGCCUGACCCAGGGUCACCUCAUCAGCACCAUCUUCUUUGUGUCAGGCGUGUGCACCCUGCUGCAGGUCACCUUUGGAAUCAGACUGCCCAUUCUACAGGGGGGUACUUUCACCUUGCUGGCUCCCUCCAUGGCCAUGUUGUCGAUGCCAGAGUGGACAUGCCCUGCCUGGACCCAGAACGCUUCCCUGGUCAACGCCACCUCUCCUGAGUAUGUAGAGGUGUGGCAGAGCCGCAUGCGAGCGCUACAGGGCUCUAUCAUGGUGGGCUCCUUGUUCCAGGUCCUGGUGGGUUUCUCUGGCCUCAUCGGUCUCUUCAUGCGUUUCAUUGGCCCCCUCACCAUCGCACCCACCAUCUCUCUGAUUGGCCUGUCCCUAUACGACUCAGCUGGAAUGAAUGCAGGGAACCACUGGGGCAUCUCAACUAUGACGACUGCUCUGAUCAUCCUGUUCUCCCAGUACCUCCGACACAUCCCUGUACCAUUCCCCACAUACAGCAAGACCAAGAAACUCCACACCUCCAAGAUCUACAUCUUCCAAAUUCUACCAGUGCUCCUUGGCAUCACACUGUCAUGGCUGAUCUGCUACAUCUUCACCAUCUCUGACGUCCUGCCCUCACAGCCAGAGCAAUAUGGCUACCUGGCUCGCACAGACCUGAAGGGGGAUGUCAUAGUCCAAGCCCCCUGGUUCAGAUUCCCAUACCCAGGUCAGUGGGGCUUACCAACAGUGAGCCUGGCGGGAGUGGUAGGGAUCUUGGCUGGGGUGAUAUCCUCCAUGAUAGAGUCGGUGGGGGACUACCACGCCUGUGCCAGGCUAUCAGGGGCCCCUCCUCCCCCAAAGCAUGCCAUCAACAGGGGCAUUGGCAUCGAGGGGCUUGGCUGUCUGCUGGCUGGGGCCUGGGGCACAGGCAACGGAACCACCUCCUACAGUGAGAAUGUGGGAGCAUUGGGGAUCACCAAGGUGGGCAGUCGAAUGGUGAUCAUUGCUGGUGGCGUCUUGCUGAUCAUUAUGGGACUGUUUGGUAAAAUUGGAGCCAUUUUCACCACCAUCCCCACACCUGUGGUUGGAGGAAUGUUCUUGGUCAUGUUUGGGGUCAUAUCUGCAGCUGGAGUUUCAAAUCUGCAGUAUGCAGACAUGAACUCCUCCCGGAACAUCUUUAUCUUUGGGUUUUCCAUGUUUUCCGGACUUGUCAUUCCAAACUGGAUAUUCAAGAACCCAGAUGCCAUAGCAACAGGUGUGGUCGAGCUGGACCAACUGCUGCAGGUGCUUCUGACAACCAGCAUGUUUGUUGGAGGCUUCUUUGGGUUCUUCCUUGACAACACCAUUCCUGGAACCAAGCGAGAGCGAGGCAUCCUAGCCUGGAACAAGAUCCACCUGGACGACUCCAGCAACACCUUGGAGAGUAGCGAGGUGUACAACCUUCCAUUUGGAAUCAGCUCUUGCCUCUCCUCCUACACAUGGGUUCGAUAUGUGCCGUUCCUCCCUCUGAAUGCACCCAGCUCACAGGACAAGCCCGGGGUGGACUCUUUGGAGACCAACAAGCAACCUGGGAAGCCAGAGCCCUCACAUAUCAUCAGAUCAGUGGCCCUAUGA